AUGCCUACCCAUGUUCCCAUUGCCGAAGUACCAAGGGCGAAGCCGCCUCUUGUUCCACUCGCAACCUUAAUUGGUCGUGAGCUAAGGAACGAGAAGCUUGAGAAACCUUUCGUGAAGUAUGGACAAGCUGCUCUUGCAAAGAAAGGGGAGGAUUACUUCUUAGUAAAAACCGAUUGCCAAAGGAUUCCUGGAAACCCGUCUUCUUCGUUUUCUGUCUUCGCGAUUUUCGAUGGACACAAUGGCAUCUCGGCGGCCAUUUUUGCAAAGGAGCACUUAUUGGACAAUGUCUUAAAUGCAAUUCCUCUAGGAGCUAGCAGAGAAGAAUGGCUUCAAUCCCUUCCUCGAGCACUAGUUGCUGGUUUUGUGAAGACUGAUAUAGAAUUUCAACAGAGAGGUGAAACCUCUGGAACGACCGUGACAUUUGUUAUCAUUGAUGGGUGGACGAUUACUGUUGCCUCUGUCGGGGAUUCUCGAUGCAUAUUGGAUACUCAAGGAGGCAUAGUAUCCCUCUUAACGGUUGAUCAUAGGCUUGAAGAGAAUGUCGAAGAGAGGGAGCGUGUGACUGCAAGUGGUGGAGAAGUUGGAAGACUCAAUAUUUUUGGGGGUAAUGAGGUUGGUCCGUUACGGUGCUGGCCUGGUGGGUUAUGCCUAUCGAGAUCAAUUGGUGACACUGACGUCGGGGAGUACAUCGUUCCAAUACCACAUGUUAAACAAGUGAAACUCUCGAAUGCUGGUGGAAGACUGAUCAUUGCUUCAGAUGGUAUCUGGGAUGCCUUAUCUUCCGAUAUGGCUGCCAAGUCUUGUCGAGGUUUACCUGCAGAGCUUGCUGUUAAGUUAGUUGUUAAGGAGGCUUUAAGGUCAAGGGGCUUGAAGGAUGAUACAACAUGUCUUGUUGUUGACAUCAUUCCAUCAGACCGUCCUAUCUUACCCACAACACCCCGGAAAAAGAACAAUAUACUCACUUCACUCUUCAUUGGAAAGAAAUCUCCGAGUUCUACUAACAAGGCAGCGAAUAAGCUUUCAGCUGUUGGUGUUGUCGAAGAGUUGUUUGAAGAGGGUUCCGCCAUGCUUGCAGAGAGACUGGGGAAAGAUUUGCCUUCAGACAGAAACGCUGGCCUCUAUAGAUGUGCUGUCUGCCAGGUGGACCAAACGCCAGGAGAUGGUUUCUCAGUGAACUCGGGUCCUUUUUUUACACCUGGAUCAAAGCCAUGGGAAGGUCCCUUCCUGUGCACUAAUUGUCGGAAGAAGAAAGACGCAAUGGAAGGGAAGCGGCCAAGCAGACACACUGUGACUGUGUAA